CAGCGGACCAGGGAUUUAAACUUAAAAAUGGAAGAAAUAGCCGAUAGAUUCGAAAACAUAACAAAGCAUUGUCAAUUCGGGUUAUUUUGGCCGAAUUCUGUUUUUCCUGUGUUUAUUGUUUAUUUUUCUUUCUAUAUCAUUCCGUUUUUGUGGAAAUGACAUGAUGUCAUUCUUUAAAAGCACUACAUUUCCACGGAGCUCCCAACGGGGAUCUCUCGCAGGAUUUACCAAGCGAAGACUAUAAAGUUUUCCUUUUUUCCCAACAUGAAACAUUUUGGGGAGAACAAGUGAAAAAGAGGAGCGAAAUGGGAUCCCUCAACUCAAGUGGAAUUGAUGCUUAUCCCUUCCUCUCUCCGAAUUCUUCCCGGGCGAAGGAUACUCAGUAUUCCCUGGCGACAAUAGCCGGUCUGGCGGCGCUGGUAAGCUUUCUUAUUUUGUUCACCAUUGUCGGGAACGUACUCGUAGUGAUCGCAGUGUUAACGAGCCGGGCUCUCAAAGCCCCGCAGAACCUGUUCCUCGUCUCCCUGGCUACGGCUGACAUACUGGUGGCAACACUGGUAAUGCCGUUUUCACUGGCCAACGAACUCAUGGGAUACUGGUACUUUGGAAAAGUUUGGUGUGGCAUCUACCUCGCUCUGGACGUCUUGUUCUGCACCUCCUCCAUCGUCCACCUGUGCGCCAUCAGCCUGGACAGGUACUGGUCAGUGACACAGGCGGUGGAGUACAAUCUGAAGCGGACGCCGCGACGCGUCAAGGGCAUCAUCGUGGUGGUGUGGCUGCUGUCGGCGGUCAUCUCCUCGCCGCCGCUCAUCUCCAUCGAGCUGCACCCCGAGCAGCAGCAGCGGGCGGCAAUGACGGCAGCGCAGCCACAGUGCGAGCUGAACAACGACACCUGGUACAUGCUGUCGUCCAGCAUCGGCUCAUUCUUUGCGCCCUGCCUCAUCAUGGUGGCCGUGUACGUGCGCAUCUACCAGGUGGCCAAGACGCGAACGCGCGGCUCCUCGGAGAAGAGGAAGAGCGUGGCCAGCGCCGACGGUGUCACGCAGACGCAGACGGAGAACGGCUUCAGCAAGGUGACCGUGGGGGUAGCGGUCACCGCGGCGGGGGUGUCGGCGCUCCGGGCCAACGGCGGCAGCGAGCAGCGGAAGAACGGCCACUGCCCGCUGUCGGCACCACCGACGCCCGCUCGCGGCCACAUGCCGACCACUGGCACCACCACCACCGAGGACCUGGAGGGCGAGGACAGCAGCUCGUCGGAGGGCAAAGGCGGGCGGCUGGAGGGAGCCCCAGUGAUGGCGGCGACGGCAGUGGCGGCGGCUACAACCACAGCCGUCGCAUCCAGAGCGACAGCCGAGCGACAAGGCACCGUGGGACGGCCACCGUCCAGCGGCGUGGGCGGAUACGGGUCGGAUGGAUGCACGGGCAGCGUCCUGUCGAAGCACGCCAGCCGGGCGUCGCGCGCCAGCUGCAAGUCCAUGGACCUGUUCGCCUCGCGGCGCCGCCGAGGCACGUCCUCGCGCAAGAAGGCCUCGCAGGCGCGCGAGAAGCGCUUCACCUUUGUGCUGGCCGUGGUCAUGGGCGUGUUUGUGCUCUGCUGGUUCCCCUUCUUCUUCACCUACAGCCUGCUGGCGGUGUGUCGCGAGGCCUGCCACAUCCCCGAGCCCCUCUUCAAGUUCUUCUUCUGGAUCGGCUACUGCAACAGCUCGCUCAACCCCGUCAUCUACACCAUCUUCAACCAGGACUUCCGCAGGGCCUUCCAGAAGAUUCUCUGUAAGUCUUGGAAGAAAUCCUUUUAGGAAACCAAACAUAUCCAUCAAUCGAUCAAUCAAUCAAUCAAUCGAUCAAUCAAUCAAUUAAACUAUCAGUCUGCUGGAAGACAAAUAAUAUAAAGUGUUGAAAGGAUUAAUUUGGAUGUCUAUGGAACAUAUUGACAAUCAGAAGUUGGUGAGCAAACGUGGGGGGUGGGGUAAGCAGGAACUAAGAUGGAGCUUAUACUGGGGCUCAUUCUUACAGCAGUGUAAAUAAACCAGUAAAGCACAGCCAAACAGCCAUAAGCAGCGAGUACUUCAACGCAGUCAUCUCAGUGACAUUGACAGCACUCUCGCUGGACCCAUAGCAGAGAGCGCUGUGUUUGCGUUCACAUCCGUCGUCUCCCAACAGGAUAUGGACACAUCCCGGAGGCAGAUCUGCCAUUGUUUUUUUCUUAUUCUUCAUGUGCAGACCGCUCCACACACACACACACACACACACAUACACAAACAUGUAGAAGUACGCACACACAUACACCUAAACAUACAAUAACAGAUACAUACACCGUCUCCUGUCCUCUCUCUUUGUGUCUCUCCCGCAUCUCUGUCUCUUUCACACACACACACACACACACACACACACACACACACACACACACACACACACACAGUGAUGCAUCUUUUAUUCUGUCUUUGUCUCACUUUCAUAGACCCACAGUUUCCCUCCCACCCUCUGUCUCUCUCUCUCUCUCUCUCUCUCUCU